AUGUCAUACCUCCUCCCCAUCACUCCAUUACCAUGUCAUACCUCCUCUCUAUCACUCCAUUACCAUGUCAUACCUCCUGUCCAUCACUCCAUUACCAUACCUACUCUCCAUCACUCCAUUACUAUGUCAUACCUCCUCUUCAUCAAUCCAUUACCAUGUCAUACCUCUUCUCCAUCACUCCAUUACCAUGAUAUGCCUCCUCUUCAUCAAUCCAUUACCAUGUCAUACCUCUUCUCCAUUACUCCAUUACCAUGUCAUAUCUCCUUUAUUUCACUCCAUUACCAUGGCAUACCUCCUCUCCAUCACAAUGUCAUAUCUCCUCUCCAUCACUCCAUUACCAUUAUAUGCCUCCUCUCCAUCACUCCAUUACCAUGAUAUGUCUCCUCUCUAUCACCCCAUCACCAUACUUCCUCAUCAUUACCAUGUUUUUAUUUAUUAAUCACCCAUUUGUCUUGUCCUUGAACCUUUCCUUUCUUGUCUCCCACAAUCUAUUUUACUUUUACUCUGUCCUUCCUUUAACAAACAUUAAUUAACCUUUCCAUGAAUCCUGUUCCUUUUUGUAUCACCUUAAUACCCUUUGCUUGCUCCCUUUCUUCCACUAUGCAUUAUUCUAUUUUCUUCCUUCGAUCACUCUUUCUUCCCUUCUCUAUCAUUUUCUUUCCUUCCAUCACCUUUUCCUAAUUUCCAUUUCCAUCAUAAUCUUUACUUCCUCCCAUCACUGUUGUUCAUUAACCUUGUUUCUUUCUGCAAUUUCCUCAAUUGUUUUAUGCCCAUUACCCUCUUUUCUUUCUUCCAACACCCUCACUAUCCUCUCCAUUACCAUUUUUCACUGUACAUCUCUCUCAUCCAUAACCCUUACUUCCCUUUCUGUAAUGUAAUUCCUUUUAUCUACAUCUUUACUAUUCUUAACCACCAUCUAUUUCCACUGCAUUACACCAACCACUGCUUCCCUUGAUUACAUUUUCCAUGGUAAUCACCUCAUUUCCUACUUACCAUUAACCACGUGUCCUUUUUUGUACCUUCUCCUGUCCAUUUCUUAUUACCAUAUUCCCAGGUCGGGAUCCACUCAGUUGCUAUGGACACAAACACAGCACCAAGAAACGACGCAAGUCUCGAACAGCUUUCACCAACCACCAAAUCUAUGAGUUGGAGAAACGUUUCCUGUACCAGAAGUACCUCUCACCUGCUGACAGGGAUCACAUUGCUCAGCAACUGGGCCUUAGCAAUUCUCAAGUCAUUACAUGGUUUCAGAAUCGUCGUGCAAAACUCAAAAGAGACAUAGAAGAAAUGAAGGCAGAUGUUGAAUCACUAAAGAAGCUGCCACCACAUGCCCUUGAUAAACUGACAUCAUUGCCUGAGGUGGAGGUGAUGGAGGAGGAGGAGGAUGUGGUGAGAGGAUAUUCCCCUAUUUCACAGCGCAUCUACCUUCAAUCACCUCACUGUUCAUCCAUUGAGCACACAGUUGAUGAAUUCUCAGAUAAUGUGGAGAUUGAGGUGGAUGACUAG